AUGUCUGCAAAUUCUGAAUAUGGAAAAGAUUUUGAAAAUAAUGCAAAUCUUUCUGUACACAAUGAAAUUCAUAAAGAUGAACCGUCAUGUUCUGAAAGAGAAAAAACUUUUAAUCCAUUUUCAUGUUCAGAAUGCGGGAACUGUUUUAGUCGGAAAUCACAUCUUGUUAAACAUCAGAAAACUCACACAGGAGAGAAGCCAUUUUCAUGUUUGGAAUGUGGGAAGUGUUUUAAGAGUCAAGAUUAUCUUAAGAUACACCUAAGAACUCAUACUGGGGAGCAGCCAUAUUCAUGUUCAGAAUGUGGGAAAUGUUUUAAUCAUAGAAACAGUCUUGUGCAACAUCAGAGAAUUCACACAGGAGAGCGGCCAUUUCCAUGUCUGGAAUGUGGGAAAUGUUUCAGUCAGAAAACAAUUCUUGUGCAACAUCAGAGAAUUCACACAGGAGAGAAGGGAUUUUCAUGUUCUGAAUGUGGGAAGUGUUUUAGUCAGAAAACAAUUCUUGUGCAACAUCAGAGAAUUCACACAGGAGAGAAGGGAUUUUCAUGUCCCGAAUGUGAAAAGUGUUUUAGUCAGAAAUCACAUCUUAUUCGACAUCAGAAAACUCACACAGGAGAGAAGCCAUUUUCAUGCUCAGAAUGUGGGAAGUGGUUUAGUGAGAAAUCAAGUUUUGUGAGACACCUGAAAAUUCACACAGGAGAGAAGCCUAUUUAA